AUGCCCUCCGCUUUUGGCGCGGUCUCGGCAGCUGUGGCGGCCAUCUUGAAACCCUUUCAGUAGCUCUCGGAGACGCUGCAUGAUCCCGCGGCCCAUUGAUUACUCGCUCCUCCUUCUUUUAGUCGCCAAACAACCUCUUUUUUUUGGGACGACGUCGAAAAACGCGAGUGCUUUUUUUCCCCCCCGAGCCGCGAGUUGAAAGUAGCGAAGAAUUGGUCGAAAGAAAGCCGCAAUGGCAACCGCAACCCCCAGCCGUGAAUCUGGCCGGCCGGCGGCCUCGACGCCCCUCUCACCCACCCGCAUCUCUCGCCUGCAGGAGAAGCAGGACCUGCAGCACCUCAACGACCGACUGGCCGUCUACAUCGAGCGAGUCCGCUCCCUGGAGCUGGAGAAUGACCGACUUAUGGUCAAAGUGUCCGAGAAAGAGGAGGUCACGACCAGAGAGGUGAGCGGCCUGAAGGGUUUGUACGAGGCCGAGUUGGCGGAUGCUCGCCGUGUUCUGGAUGAGACCGCAAGAGAGCGAGCCCGGCUGCAGAUUGACCUGGGCAAGGCUCAGUCGGACCUGGAAGAAGCAACGCGCAGUGGCAAAAAGAAGGAUGCAGACCUUGCAGCUGCGAUGUCCCGGGCCAGUGGCUUGGAAAGUCAGCUCAACCAGAGUGAAGCUGCGCUCUCCACAGCUCUGAGCCAGAAUGCUGCUCUCAGCUCUGAGCUGGCUGACAUCAGGGGCCUCCUGGCUAAGGCUGACGACAGCCAUGCUGUUGCUAAGCGACAGCUGGAGGCAGAGACUCUGAUGCGCGUGGACUUGGAAAACCGUUGUCAGUCACUGAAUGAGGAUCUGGAGUUCAGGAAGAACAUGUUUGAAGAGGAGGUGAGAGAGUCUCGGCACAGACAAGAGAAGAGAAUCGUGGAGGUAGACUCAGGAGUUCGACAGGACUAUGAGUUUAAGCUGGCUCAAGCUUUACAGGACCUGAGGAGGCAGCAUGAUGAACAGGUUUCUAUCUACAAGGAGGAACUGGAGCAGACCUUCCAGGCCAAGUUGGACAAUGCCCUGGUGUCCUCGGAGAUGAACGACAAGGCUGUGAGCACAGCCAGAGAGGAGGUUAUGGAGUCCCGGAAGAGAAUUGAGAGUCUUGGAUAUCAGCUGAGUGCCCUGCAGAAACAAGCGUCUGCUGCGGAGGAUCGCAUCCGAGAACUUGAAGAGAUUCUGUCGUCUGAGCGAGACAAGCACCGACGCAUGAUGGAGGUGAGAGACCGCGAGAUGAACGACAUGCGGGAGCGAAUGAAUGCGCAGCUGACCGAGUACCAGGAGCUCCUUGAUGUGAAGCUCACUCUCGACAUGGAGAUCAAUGCCUACAGGAAGCUUCUGGAGGGGGAAGAGCACAGGCUCAAGCUGUCUCCCAGCCCGACUUCACGAGUCACCGUCUCCAGAGUGACGGGCUCCUCCUCACGCACCUCCAAGCGGAAGAGGGUGGAGGUGGAGGCCGGCGACCUCUCUGAUAUUGGACUUGGAAAGGAGCAGUUGCUGUUGUCUGAGGAGGCCACUGCCAGCGGCGCCAUCACUAUCUCCCCAACAGACAUGGACGGGAACGCCGUCACCCUGGCCAACGACACAGAGCUUGACCAGCCUUUGGGCAACUGGAGGCUGAACAGACAAGUGGAUGACGGCGAGGAGAUUGUCUACAAGUUCUCACCAAAGUUUGUUCUCAAGGCCGGACAGACUGUCACUGUGUGGUCUGCAGAUGCCGGUGUGGCUCACAGUCCACCAUCUGACCUCCUGUGGAAGAGCCAUGCUUCCUGGGGCACCGGAAGUGACAUCAUCACCAGCUUGGUCAACGCGGAUGGCGAGGAAGUGGCCAGGCGGUGCGUCAGCAAGUCUCAAAUGGAAAUGGAGAACGGAGAGGAAGAGGAGGAAGUUGUUGUAAAGAAGGGCAAGAUAUCGUCCAGAGAGUGUGUCGUCAUGUGAAGGCUUCACAGCGUCCUCUUUAUACCACGCAAGCCACUCCAAUCUGAUCCUGUCCAUGAUGAAUUACUUUUUAGCCACCAUAGCGGUAACUUUUGGACUACUUCUUUGAUACCAUUCAUGUUCCUCGACAAGGUUGGGUUUGUUGCCUACCAACAUGCCCACUGCCGUCACCACACAUCAUCGCUGGACUCGAAAAAAAGACCCGUCUAGAGAACUUAGGGCAUUUUCCACGUUAAAGGGCUUCCACUGCGCUGCCUGAAGAUAUAAAAAAAAAAAAAAGAUCCCGAAUCAUGUGUUUAAAGAACAUUUCUUUUAUUAUUUUUUAAUGUACUUAAAUUUAGUGUGGUUCCUCAGCUCCACUGGUCACACGGCCUGCCCACAGAACUCACAUGCACACUUGGUCGUUUUUUUCCCUUUCAAAAUACAAGGUGUCACUUGAGGCUCCCUAUUGAAAAGUAGAUAUUCCACGUCACUUUGAUUUGAUCGGCGCGCACACGGUCCAAACGUGCUGCAAAAUGUAGAAGAGAUGAGAACACGCGUCCUCGCCUCUGGACCUUAUUAAUACUGACCCACACUUCUCAGUAAGGAGCAUAGCCAGACAACACUUUUUUUUAAUGCAGCAGAUUUACACUCUGAAGUGUUGGCUCAGCGGUCAUUUCACUGGCUGCUGGGAUGACGAAAAACACUCUGAAAUAUUUAACUGACCCUUUUUUUUUGUAGAAGAAGAUUUAAAAAAAGGCACACACGGAAAGUGUCUCGGACAGCGUGUGAUUUGUGUCGCUCCUUUCGACACGCCUGGUGUGACUUGGUGGUUUUCUUGUGUGUUUAUGCUUUACACUAUAGCUAUCUUUUUUGUUCUUUUAGAUUUUGACUAUGUAAUCAGUUUGUUUACAUUCAAUAUUACUUAAUUUUGUAUUAAGGAUCUCUGGGGGAUUAUGUUUGGGUGCUCAUGUCCUCGCUGUAGUUGAAUAUGCAUACAUUUCAGCAUCCAAAAGUCAAACAUGACUAACUAAACUUCCAAUAUAUUUUUUUUCUUACCAAUGAUGAGCCCUAAAUGUACCUCAUAGGAUCCUACUGUAUUUCCUCCUGGACUCCCCAGAGCCUGAUUGUGAGUGCUGACAUUUGGACAUCUCUAGAAUCUUCCAACACUUUGACAGAAAGUGUCAUUGGGGGGG